CUGAAAUGAGGAGGUGUAAAAUGAAUGUGUAUGGAUUUAUAAGCAGUAUACCAAGUUGGGUACUAGUUCUGACACUAGCAGUCUUCCUUCUCUACAUGUAUGUAGUACAGAAGUACAGGUUCUUCAAAGAACUUGGGGUUGAUGGACCAACUCCUGGAUUGUUACUAGGGAACGUUGCCCAGCUAAAGCAACAUGGGGGCUUGGUACAUGCUAUUAGACGAUGGAAGGAGCAAUAUGGUUCAGUUUUUGGAAUUUUUAUCUGUCGUCAGCCUAGACUAGUUAUUAGCAAUUUGGAUAUUUUAAAAGAUAUUUUUAUUAAAGAAUUUAACCAUUUCAGUGACAGGGAGGAAAUGCUGGUGUUUAACAUUAUUUCAAAAGGUGUAUUCUUUCAAAGAGGAAAUAAUUGGAAGAGAAUCCGGAGUAUCAUCACUCCAACAUUCAGUUCUGGAAAACUUAAGUUGAUGUUUCCGUCUAUAUUAGAUUGUGGUCAUAUUCUAUCCAGAAAUAUGGUUGCCAAUAGUAUAGAAGGAACACCAAUAGACGUCAAAAAUUGUUUUGGAGCCUACACAAUGGACGUGAUCGCUAGAACAGCGUUUGGUAUAGAUGUGGAUUCGCAGACCAACCCGGACGAACCAUUUGUACACAUGGCCAGAAAAUUAUUUACUCCGCGCAAAUGGUUUGGUAUAGUGUACUUGAUAAUAUCAUCUAUACCUUUGACCAUCCCUUUAUUCCGUUAUCUUGAUAUUGGAUUCUUCCCGUCUGAACCAACCAAGUUUUUUGUGCGAUCCAUCCAGGAAAUGAUCCGACAAAGGAAAGACAACAGCGAUUCAUUCUCCAAGGGACGGGCAGAUUUUCUACAGUUGUUAAUCAGGGCCGAGGGUGACGAAAGCAAUGGAGAUUCAAUGAAAUCUACAGAUCGCAAAACUGUCAAGAAACUGUCAUCAGAGGAAAUUAUUGGCCAAGCCUUUUUAUUUUUUAUUGCUGGGUACGAGACCACUGGAACAACACUUCAGUAUGUUGCCUAUAUAUUAGCCACCCAUCCUGACGUACAAGACAGGGUCAUUGAAGAGAUUGAACACAUUAUCGGUGAUAGAGACCCUACCUAUGAAGACAUAAACAAACUGAGUUAUAUGGAGCUGAUGAUACAAGAGACGUUAAGGAUGUACCCGCCAGUAGUCAGUAUAGGACGCAAAGCGUCGGAUGACGUGACAAUCAAAGGUCUGAAAAUACCAAAAGACACAGCUGUCCUGGUACCUAUUUAUAGCAUACAUCACGAUCCGGAGAUCUUUGAAAAUCCUGACGAAUUCAUUCCAGAAAGAUUUGAAAAUAAAAAUGUAAACCCAAUAAAGUUUUUACCAUUUGGAUGUGGUCCUAGAGUGUGUAUCGGUUUGAGAUUGGCAAUGGUAGAGGCAAAGGUGGCGCUCGUAACAGUUCUUCAAAAAGUGAAAUUUGUAAGACACGAACAAACAGUGAACAAAGUGGAAUUUGAAGACUUGGGACUGUUGGUGCCAAAAAACAAACUGAUAGUAGGAGUAGAACUAAGACAGAAAACAUAAUACCGAAAUACGGAUAAUAAGUGUAUUUAUUUGACAAUUGUGAUAAACUCAACACGCUCCGUGCCCGAAUAAGUAUAAGCGGGUAGGAAAGAUUACAAACCAUCAAAUCAGGUUAAAGGGGACUCGAUUGAGGAAACUUAACUGCAAAAGCAUAAUUUUUGUACUAAGGCAGAAAGAAACAACAUUUUUAUACAAGGAAACAGCAAUGAUUCUUGUCGGUUGUGUCUACCAGCCGACUUAUCAUUACUUAUUAACAGAUAGAUCGACCGCCUGCUUAUGAGGUAGAUUAUUGGACUCGUUUGGUUAAUACCUUACACUCGAUUUGUGAAAUGUUUAUGGUUUGUCUAUGCUUUCUUGUUUUGACCGCGAUAUUCUUCAGUAAAAAUUGUCUUUAUAACUCUUUUUAUCUGUACUUACUGGGGUAAAAGGUUUAGCUUCAUUGCACAAAUCAGUUAAAUAUAUAAAAUUAUAACUU